AUGUGCGAUUUUCCACCUCCUUCUCAUCCUUAUCUCAGUGAGGAUUACUGGAGAAAGAAAUUCGAGAAGCACUUGAAAGUCGAAUGGAAACCAUUUUUCAAGUCGACCGUUCAACCAAAUAGCUUUGAUGAAUCAUUUAUGCAUUAUAUUUCUACCAAGGUGUGCCAAAAUUUUGUUCUACACAAUUGUAAACCACAAGUUGAAGAGUCAGUUUCGAGCGUGGUUGAGCAAUGUCCUGAGGAGAUCUUGAACGAUUUGAAGCAAUUGGAUCUAAAAACAGUUUACGAUAAGGUGUUAAGAGAAAUCAUCGGAUGGAAAAUUAUGAUAAUUGAAGUAGAGUCUAAUAUGCAAGAAUUCGAAAACCAAGGAAUUCGUGAAAAAUGGCCGGAGCGCUUAUCAAUGUGGCUGCAUAAACAAAUAGAAGAUACCAGUGAAACUAUUAUGUUGAUGGAUCGACGCCCCUACGAUCCGACCAAGAGUGAGAUUGAUAAAAUUACCAAACAUAUGGACGAAGUUAUAAGACAUUCUGAAAACUUGGCACGUAUUCAAAACGGAGGAAACACCUACGAGUACUUGAGAAGGAAGCCCUGCCUAGACUUGUUGGACAAUGCUCUACAGUGCAUGAAAAUUCGAACAGCCCUGCUUGGAGCAUCGAUUGAGGUUGUUAAAGUUCAUGCUGCUCGCUUUCCAGAGCCCUUCAGACCUUCUGAUUUUGCUGCACCAAUUGAUGAAAUUCUUGAAAAAAUUGAGGCAGCUCGAAGAAGAUGGAGCAUCAAGUAUACUAAUAAUCAAUCCCUGAAGUAUUCAGAAACAGCCAAUUAUUUCUUGAAGCUAGUUUCUCUUCAGUUCGUUAUGAUGAAGAAAAGCGAGGAGGAAUUCAGGGAGAAUUGGCAUAAUCGUCCCGAUUAUAAUGUUUAUGAGGAACAUCAGAAAACUAUCGAUGCAAUGCGACAGGUCACAAAAACGGCUUUUAUUCUACACGAAACUAGAAUGACCUUGGUGGAGAUUUUUUUGCCGGAUCAAAUAGAAACGUUGAAGCUGGAAAUCAAAGAAAUUGAGGACAGAGCUAAUGAAGAGUAG